AUGCUAAUAAGCAUCAUCUCGGCCUCUCAGGUAUCUGGAAACUUUCCCACGAUGACGGCAGGAACCCCCCUUUUCUCGGCAAGCAACGGGUGGUCGCCCUUGAAGGCUGUCAUCGUUGGUCGCGCAGAGCACUCGGCCUUCCCGCCGGAGCCGCCUUAUAUGAUAGCAACGACCAUGCCCGAGGAGCACUUUGCCGAGUUUUGGCCGUCUAACCCUUUCCUAGCCGAAAUUGUAGCCAAAGCGCAGUGGGAACUCGACAACUUUGCCUCCCUCUUGGAGAAGCAUGGAGUCCGUGUCUAUCGUCCAAAAGAAGUCGACUGA